CAUGCAUCUAAUUCUACGGAGAACGACCGGCUCAAGGGGCAGAUCCCUUUAACUCCCUCUAGUCCCUGCAUGAUCUUCAGGACCACGGCUUUGUUGGAAAAAAAAUUAAGGAAAAUUCAACAAAACAUCCCUUUCGAGACUGCCUUUUAUGUCCUGACUGCGUCCAUCCCCUAUAAUCGCACAUUCUUCAAUUUGUCGAUUAACGGAGUAACACAUCGGAUCCCUUCCUUUCGACUGCAUUUCUGGGAUCUAUCCUUUCUCUUUUUGCACUGCAAGUGUUUCUGCUUUUACCACGCCGGUGGACAGUCUCCGUUGCCCCGUGAAGAAGGCCAGCUUGCGCCUUUGAUGAAUACAGUUCCAUUACCCCCUGCAUAAUCGAUCCAUCGGUACUCGGUGUACCAUUAGGACAAGAAGACCUUUUGCGCCUGUUUGGGAAACUUUCCGGUGUGACGAAUAUAACGACACAUAACGACCUUGAACGACCUUAAGUCGCUAUGGCUCCUCCUCCCGCUGCUUCAUUGCCUCCGUUGCCGAUCAACCCCAACAAGAUACGAUCAUACGUACUACGAUUGCCGCUCUUCACAAGGAUUGUCUUGCUGCUCAUCGUUAUAUUUUGGAUAGUCGAAUUGCCAAAUAUAUGGAACGUUGUGGAGUGGGGGGCAGUGACCCCGGAUGAUGUUGGGUUUGCGUCCUUGUACCGGCUCAAUACCUAUCCAUUUAUCCAUUUGGGGUUUUUCCAUGCUUUUUUGAAUACGUUGGCUCUUAUGCCUUUGCUGGAACGGUUUGAGGCGGAGCAUGGUACCCUUACUGCCGUUGCUUUGUUUCUUGGUCCUCUCUCUACUUUCCCAGCCGGUCUCUACAUAUUUAUUGAGAAAUUUAUUUUACGGGGAAAUGUAGCCAUUAUUGGUGCGAGUGUUUGGGUCUUCCUUCUCUUGGCAUCCGAGGCCAUUAGGACAUUCAAGUCCAAUCCUUAUUUUGCUCUCGGUACUUACAAGAUUCCCACGUGGACAUCUCCCUUGAUCGCCUGUGUUUUCGUUUCUCUUCUCGUGCCAAACACGAGCUUGUUGGGUCAUAUAUGCGCGAUUCUUAUCGGUUAUUUACUCGGCCUUGGGUAUCUCAAGGUGUUUGUGCCCCCCGAGAAAAUUCUCAGGUGGAUUGAAGGCAAACUGAACCUUUUGGGCCGGCUUCCCCAUUAUGUCUCUGUGGACCAAAAGACAUAUGGCCGUUAUGGGGUUUUGCCGACUGCAGGUGUUGUUGGAGCAAGCCCAGCACCCAUGACUUAUCUAGGAUCCACACAACGUCUAGGCCCUUGAGCGCAUACGAUGCGGAAUAUUAUAAUUUAGCUCUAUGUCAUAACUUCGUGUGUAUAUUUAGGUUAUCUAGAAAUUGUAUUAAUAUCGCUGCGUGAUGGAUUUCAAUCUCGAG